UCAGUACAAUUUAGCAGUGAUUAGUAUUCACCUCACAUACCAACAUUACAGAGUCCCUCUGUCAAAGGGGUGACGGUUUCACACGUUUUGGUCUGCUCCUGUUUUAUUCUAGCUACAGCUGUGGGUUUUGGUGUUGCGACUUAUUGCUUAUGGUUUUUGUUGCAAGAUCAAUAUUGAUUGUCAGUUACAAAAAUGUUUGCUAAACCCUUCCAAGUAAAAAGCAAUAGUCAACUGAAAGGAUCAGCAAGGAAAAAGUUCAGAGCUGAUGUAUUGAAAGCGUUUCCUGCCAUCACAGAAGAUGCCUUCAAUGAAUGUAUUCCAAAUAAGGACCCGGUGUCUGUGAUGAAAGUUUACACUCAUACUAAACAGGCGGUCCAUGUGUACAGCAUAGAAAAAGGUCCAAUUGCAUUUGAGAUGGAAAACAAACUGUUUCCUGCAUUAUAUUUAUUGUGGCAGUUCCCUGAUUUGGUUCCAACAUUCACUACAUGGCCCCCGGUGCUUGACAAAAUUAAGAAUGGAGCAGAUCUCAUGCUUCCUGGGGUUGUGUUACCUGGUGGCGUCAUAGGAAUUAAUUCCUAUGGUACACUAGAAAAAGGGGAUUGUGUUUCAGUUAAUUUAUCAACUAAUCGAGCUCCUAUCGCUGUUGGUGUUGCUGCACACUCCAGCCAGGACAUGUACAUGUGUGGAGGACGAGGAAAAUGUGUCAACGUUCUGCAUUUUGUCGGAGACCUGUUAUGGUCGCAAGGAAAAUAUAAUGUUCCAGAGCUAGGCCCUCCCAAUAUGCCAAAUAUGCCUGAUGAACUGGGUGGUUCAGAAGAAGAGGAUGAAAGUAGUGAAGAUGAUUCAGACCAGAAGUCCUCUUCUUCUUCUUCUGAUGACGAUGAUGAUAACGACAAAGAAGAAGCCGGUGGGGUAAAAGAACUUGAACAAAAGUUCAGUGACAUGGAAACUGCGGACGUGUCUAGCUCACCUGCUCCAGUAGAAACAGAAGCAGAGGCUAUGGAUAAAUUAAUAAGGUUCUGCUGUAUAAAAGCACUUAAAACAUCAGCUGCUAAGGUGCCUCUUCCUAUUCUUGCAAGCAAUUUCUAUAAAGUGCAUAUGCUCCCAGCUUGCCCCUCUGGAAAGUCUGUUGAUUUAAAGAAAUCAUCAUAUAAAAAGCUUGGAAAGUUUUUGGAUGAAAUUGCUGAGGAGAAGAUCCUAGUUCAAAAGGAAUUAAGCAAGGGUGUAAUGAGUAUAACUUCCAUCAAUUAUAAGCACGAAGCUAUUCUAACAUUUUUGGACCUUGAUGCUGUUGUAGUAGGAAAUGCCAUGCAGGGCCAUUCACUAGUGGGGAAAUGCAUUUGUGGAGAAGUUCACACCGAGCAAAUGUACUCUGUUACACCAGCUGUUCUCCCAAUAUUUGGGCUAUAUUCCAACAGGCUAGGAGAUCAGCUUACUGCUUCUUCUGUCAAAAAGGUUGUAAUGGACUAUGUGACCAGUAAGUCCCUUUCAAGUCCAGACACAAGUGACAUAAAGUGUGAUGAAGUCCUUGCCCAAGCAGUUCUGGGAAUUCCUCCAACUGAGGCCUUAGUUCUUCAGUGCAGUGAUUUACUUAAAAGAAUAAUGGCUCGGAUGCUGGACACUAGUACUUUGCCCCCACCAAAAGUAGCCAAGGAAGAUAAAGGAAAACUGACUCCUAUAGAUAUUCAAACUGCAACUCGAACUGGAAACAAGAAGGUAACAUUGGUUGCAAAUUUGGAAAUUUAUGGAGUUGAUGUUGCCGAAUUUGCUAAGGAGUGUCAACGAGGUGUUGCUGCUAGCACUACUAUUAACCCAUUGCCUGGGAGAAAAGGUGUUCAACUCCAAAUUCAGGGAAAUCAAGUACGCUUCAUUUCACAGUUAUUGCAUGACAAAUACAGGGUACCCAUAGCAAACAUGCGUGGAUUGGACAAAGCUCCAAAAGUGAAAGGCCAGAAGAAAGCUCCUGCAAAGCCAAAACCAAAACCGAAGUAGAAAAUUCACUUCUAACUAAAUGUGCAUUGACCUGAGGAUAAUGAACUUUUUACUUUAAAAAGGGA